ACCAAUUGCACAGAUACACUGUGAGGCUCUGCUAUGGAGACUGCAGUGCACUUAAUUCUUCUUUUCUGCCUGAUGGGUCUGUCCCUAACGUUACCUCUGUCGGGCACCUUACCAACACCUAAAAGCCAAGAUGGUAAAGACCCUGCUGACAAUAAUCUCUAUACUGACAUUAUGAAAGCCAAUCAAAAGAGCAAGAAAUUGCGCAUACAUGGAGACAUCGCCCUCAAAACCGACCGCAAUGCUAUUAACUGCACAGAAUGUUUGUGGCCAAAAUCCAGCGAUGGGUUUGUGUAUGUGCCUUACACCGUGUCUUCUGAUUACAGUCAAGAUGAAGUCAAUGCGAUAACUACAGCAAUGAAAGAAUAUGAAGGCCUGACCUGUGUUCAAUUCACCCCUUGGACCGGCGAAGAUGAUUACCUUGCCAUUCAGUCUCUGGACGGUUGUUGGUCCUAUAUUGGCUAUUAUGGGGGAUCUCAGGCAGUGUCCUUGUUGAAAGGGUUCUGUGCGUAUAAUGGAGGGGUCCAACAUGAACUGAACCACGCCUUGGGAUUUUACCACGAGCACAAUCGCAGCGACCGAGAUGACUACGUCACCAUAAUGUAUCAGUACAUAUCCCCAGAAAACAUAGGCAACUUUGACAAAAUUUCAACAAACAACCUGGGCGUUGAUUAUGACUACUCAUCUAUAUUGCAUUAUGCAGGUAAUGCCUUCAGUAACACAUCUGGACAGAACACCAUCGUGCCCCAUCCUAAUCCCAAUGUCCCCAUUGGCCAAAGCUAUGGACUCAGCAACUUGGAUGUCCUUAAGAUAAACCGACUGUAUGGCUGUGAUGAAUGCAGCACUUUGUUAUCUGCGCCCAAUGGGACUUUGACAUCAACUAAUUACCCCUCUAACUACCAAAAUAACGCUAAUUGUGUAUGGCUCAUCAGAACUCCUUCUGACCAGGUAACCUUGAGCUUUAACGCCUUUAAUGUCCAAAAAUCCCAAAGUUGCACCGAUUACAUUCGAGUGUAUGAUGGGGCCACCACAUCUGCACCAAUGAUUUUGGAUAAAACAUGUGGAACAGGACCUCUCCCAGUAAUGAUCGCUUCCACUAAUCGAAUGCUGGUGGAAUUUGUCACGGAUAGUGCCAUCACAGCCCCUGGCUUCAAAGCUACAUACAGCACAGUUCAAUGUGGAGGCACCUUUUACACCCCAUCAAGAAACGUUACCACCCCGAAUUACCCCAAAAGCUACCCCCCAAACUUGGACUGCCAGUUCAUCAUUACUGCCCCCACUUCCUACAAGGUGGCAUUAAACAUUAAUAACUUCUUCGUGGAGAAGAGUGCCAACUGCCAAUACGAUUACCUAGAAAUAUACGAUGGAAAUUCCAUGAGUGCCCCCAAAAUAGGCAGUAGAUACUGUAGCUAUCAGGUAUUUAAUGUCAUGGUUUCCUCUGGCCGCUCCAUGCUCCUCAGAUUCCACAGUGAUGCUUCAGUGCAGAUGUACGGGUUCACAGCUUCAUACAACUUUGUUUAAAGAGCCAGGAGGAAACGGGAGUCCAUUCUUUGCAGGCAAACUUCCCAAGUGCCACUGAAUCAAACAUGAUCCACUCACUGUAAAUAACCUGUACAUGUAAUCCAGUGUCAAGCACCUAAGAUAAGCAUUAACGAUUGUCAUAAAUUAUUAUCCUUAAUUUAUAGGGUGUACAACACAUAUACACAGUGCUUCAUAGAGAUUUUUCAUUGUUACCAUUACUUGCCAGUCCCAUAAUAUACAGUUACUGAUCUAAGUCUCUAAUUUAUAUAGGAGGAAUAAUGUAACGCAUCACAAUGUCAUUCCACUGUUUAUGAAUAUCGUGAUUAAACAUUUUUGUCACCAA